AUGCGUUCAGAGAGUGCGCACCUGCGUACCACCAGCAGUGUCCGCAACCCAGGAUACAACUGCAACCCCCUCCAAUCUGCAGAAUCCAGUGACUCUGCUGUUUUCCCCCUCCACAGCUCUCUAACACUGGAGUACGAGGGGGACUAUGAGGAUGUCACUGUGAACCAGAUGCUGGCUCCUAAAUCCCACGAAACCGACGCCACGGAAAUACUCAACAAUUUACUGAAAGAAUAUGACAAGAAACUGCGGCCGGAUAUCGGAGUCAAACCAACCGUCAUAGACGUCGACAUAUUUGUGAACAGCAUCGGACCAGUGUCAUCCAUAAACAUGGAAUACCAAAUCGACAUCAUCUUCGCCCAGACGUGGACAGACAGCCGUCUCAGAUACAACAGCACAAUGAAAAUACUGACUUUGAACAGCAAUAUGGUCGGACUUAUUUGGCUACCAGACACCAUCUUCAGAAACUCCAAGAAGGCCGAUUCCCACUGGAUUACGAUGCCCAACCAGCUGCUCCGGAUAUGGAAUGAUGGGAAGAUACUUUACACCCUGAGGCUGACGAUAAACGCAGAAUGCCAGCUGCAGCUGCACAACUUUCCGAUGGACGAGCACUCCUGUCCGCUCAUCUUCUCCAGCUAUGGAUACCCACGAGAUGAGAUGAUUUACAAGUGGAGGAAGAACUCUGUGGAGGCGGCUGACCAGAAGUCCUGGCGUCUCUACCAGUUUGAUUUUAUGGGCCUGAGAAACACGACAGACAUAAUAAAGACCACAGCAGGGGACUAUGUGGUGAUGACGGUGUACUUUGACCUGAGCAGGAGAAUGGGCUACUUCACCAUCCAGACUUACAUCCCCUGCAUCCUCACCGUGGUCCUCUCCUGGGUUUCCUUCUGGAUCAAAAAAGACGCCACACCAGCCAGAACGGCUUUAGGUAUAACCACAGUGCUGACGAUGACGACUCUCAGCACCGUGGCCAGGACGUCACUACCCCGAGUGUCUUACGUCACCGCCAUGGACCUUUUCGUCACCGUCUGCUUCCUGUUCGUCUUUGCCGCUCUGAUGGAAUACGCAACUUUAAAUUACUACUCGUACAGCACCAGAAGACCCAGCUGCAUGGAACCUAAAAGAUCAAACUACUCUGUCCUGGAUGUGCGACCUCCACACACCGUCAUCGCUUUAAACAACUCCAUGUACUGGCAGGACUUUGAGGACGCUUGUGUCUACGAAUGUCUGGAUGGAAAAGACUGUCAGAGCUUCUUCUGCUGCUUUGAGGAGUGUAAAGAAGGCGCCUGGAGAAAAGGACGCGUCCACAUAGAUCUACUUGAACUGGACGCAUAUUCACGCGUCUUUUUUCCCACCUCCUUCUUACUGUUCAACGUGGUCUACUGGGUGGGCUAUCUCUACCUUUAG